CAUCAGUCUAACGUGUCGCCAUACCGCUAGUCAGUUUCUUCUGUGCUCUUUAGUCUUGAUCUCCGUCGCCACCAGGUUCAAAGCUUGAAACAACACGCCGACCAAGCCAUGGCUACAUCAUCACCAUCUUCCAAACACCUGAUCACUCUUUGCAAGAAUGGCGAGUGCAAGCAGCUGCUCUCGGAGCUUCAACAACCCGCGACGUCCCAGGUAGCUUUAAGCGACGAAUAUGUCGUCAUCGACCCAGAUGUGGGGAGGCUCCAGAAGCAGUUUAACCUUCAGCGCAUGCUUGAAGCCGCUGCACGGGCCGGGCAUGCCGACACGGUCGAGUUACUUGUCAGGUUCGGCCAGCAGCACGGCGUUGCCGUGUCGAACUUAGUUACGCCUCUCAUCAUCUGCGAUGCUCUAAGCCAUGAGAACUCGCUUCAGGUUCUGCUCAAAUUUCAUGCCGUUGAGCCUGAUGUCUUCUCUUUACGUCUCCCGUUGGGCGGCAGCAUCCUAGGAGCCGCCUGCGGGGGUGGGCCAAACUCAGAGCGGAUACCUCGCAAGAAGUACCUCGGCCUCGUACGACAUCUUAUGGGAAUCGGAUAUAACCCCAAUGCGAAUCUUCUGACGCACCCCGAUACCCCGGGCUAUCUUCUGUACGUCGCCUGCUGGCAAGCUUGUCGUGAAAUCGUGGAGUGUCUGCUAGAGCAUGGCGCUGUUAUCACCGGCUCAGAGGCUACACGCGUGGCUGCGAAUCGUGGCCGGAUCGAUAUUCUUGAGGUGUUACUGCAGUACGGGGCCAACCUUAACGAAUGCUUUACUCAGGAAGGCAUAAACGGGCCACCGGGGACUGCGCUCCAUGCCGCAGUUGCGUCUAGGCAGGUCGCCACCGUCGAGUGGCUGCUACAGCACGGGGCAGACGCUAGCCUUCGUAAUAUCGAGGGGAAAACGGCAGGUGAUCUUCUACCUACAGAUAGCGACGAGGCUCUAAAGGAUAUUUUGAGGAUAUACGGCUGCCACGUGUCGAUUGAUUGACGAUGAAGAUAAAUGGUGAAUUCCUGUCGCACGGAAUUUCUACCCGGUGAGACAUGGCAGAUGUGCAUUACAUGAUUGCCGCUAAGACGCUCCUAUAAAAGGAUCUUCCGUCAACUCUGUAUCUGCAUAGACACAACACUCAACACACAUCGCGCACUAUCGCGCCAACAAAAUUACAAUUACUUACCUUAACGUUGUGGCUUAAUUCCCUUCUUAUUUUUACUGUUCAGUUAACCCUACCGCAGUGCGGCAUUACCCUAUCUCUAGAGUAAAAAAAUUUUCUGUGUUCUAAACAGUUGCGAUGGUCUGCGAGACUGUACCGCGAAUGUUAUAGGCAUGUCGCUGCAAUGCAAUUUGUUACCCCAGGCAGCUAGCAGAG